AUGUAUGUCCGUGCCCGGACGGCCUGCACCGGAGGCAGCGGGUCCCCCGCGGACAGACCCAGGUGCCCGGGCCACGAGGCUGCGGAUCACCGCGGGGACGCGUUCCGUUACUCAGCCGCCCCUCGGCCAGGAGAUGGCGGUGAUUCACUGCGCAGAGGGAAGAAAGCGAUUCGGCGCUCAGAAAUGCAGACGAGGCGUUCACCUAUUUAUAUCUGGUUCUUUGCCCUACAGAAGGAGGAGCGCACCAUGCUGGAAGACAUCCAGGUCACUCUGACAGAACUGGACAAAGUUGCCUUCUAUUUCAAGCAGCUGGAUGAAAGUCUUGUAGCAAAUACUCAUGUCUUCUACCACAUCGAAGGAAGUCGUCAGGCCUUGAAGGUUAUCUUUUAUCUUGACAGCUACUACUUCUCCAAAUUGCCUUCUCGGUUUCAGAAUGGAGGAAGCUUGAAACUACACACGGUGCUAUUUACAAAAGCUCUAGAGAGUAUGGAGGGGCAAUCACAACCAGCUGGUUUAUCUCUAGAAGAACUUCCACAGCAAAUUAAUGGUCAAUCUCUAGAAAAAGUGCAGCAAUACUACCGUAAACUCAGGACAUUUUAUCUAGAAAGGUCAAACUUGCCCACUGAUUCUAAUACUACCGCAGUGAAGAUUGACCAGCUUAUUCGUCCCAUUAAUGCAAUGGAUGAGCUUUGCAGGCUGAUGAAGUCCUUCAUUAACACAAAACCCACCCCAUCAGGAUACUCCAGCAGUAACACAUCAGGAGCUGGCCUGCUACCUAUAUCUUCUGAGCUCUGUUACCGACUUGGAGCCUGUCAGAUUACCAUGUGUGGCACUGGCAUGCAGAGAAGUACAUUAAGUGUGUCCCUGGAGCAAGCAGCCAUACUGGCUCGAAGUCAUGGACUUUUGCCCAAGUGUAUCAUGCAAGCUACAGACAUCAUGCGAAAGCAAGGACCAAGGGUUGAAAUCUCUGCCAAGAAUCUGAAAGUGAUGGACCAAAUGCCGCAGUGUGCACCUCGACUCUACAGGCUGUGCCAGCCACCUACAGAUGGGGAUUUAUAAACGUGACAGAGGCACCUACGUUGUGGCACAACUAAAACACGCACCAACAAGCAGCCCUGUCUGAGGACCCAUGCUAACCAACGCUAUGGCACUGAAACAAGAGAGGAGGAGACUGCUUUUGCAGGAGAUGAACCUGCUGGCCCCAGGCACCAGGAAUCUGCCUCUGAAGCCCUGCAGCACAUGCAGGGAUUCUUGUAUUUCUUUGACCUCUUGAAGAAAUUCUUGAAACAAACCCCACAGAACUAAGAUGGGCGCUACUGCCAUUGGUAGAUGCCUGGAACAGUGACAGUUAUGCAGCAAGAAAGUGCAGUUUUAUUGAUACUGUUUGUGCUGCCACUUAAAAGCUGUGGACUUGAAGAUUUGGGUUGGUUGAGAAAACCCAGGAUGACACCUCUGUCUCUCCCUGUACUGUAUCUGGCAUCCAUUUAAUUGCCAGCAUAACUUUGGUCAGUGGCCUUGAACAGUAGCUUCAUAAACACCACUUAGUAAUGUACUGACCUGCACUUUGGAUCAACAAAUAGCACAAUCAAUGGCUAAUUCAGAUGCAAGCAAAAAGAAUUUCUACUGGAGUCAUUUUCCACUUCAGCCCAGUGAGAACCAAUCUCUCUAUGCUGCAGAGUAUACAUUCCAUAAUACUUCUUACCAUUACUUCAUUUUACUUACUGUAGCUUCAGGUUUGGGAUUAACUCUUUUUACUAAUGCCCUGUUAUGUACUCUGGAAAUACAGUAAUAAUUAAGGGGAGAGAUUGGAGUGAAAGAUUUGAAAGCAAACUUUACAAAGGAAAAAUACAGUCUUAGAAUCUGAUUAUUUGAACAGAUGUAGUUUUAAAAACCCGGUCAGAAGAACUAUACUUAUUUAUGUGGAGUGGAAUAUGUGUUUUGGAUCAUGUUAUUAUAUAUACAAGAUUUAAAUAAAAACUAUAUUGUUUAAAAUGGGACCAAUAUGCUGGCAAUUACACAGCUACUCCCAGUUUACUGAAAAGAAAUCUACAUUAUUUAAAAUCGUUCAAUAUUUAAGUAGUCUUUAAUACAGUUAUUAAAAUGUAUUAGGGAUGCUUUUAAGUUAAAAGAAAAAAAGGAAUCAUGUAUAUAAUGUACUUUAUUUUUUCUUGUUUGAAAAAUUGUUUCCCAUCCUGUCAGUAUUAUCCUAAGCACAGUAAUUUUUUCCAAAUUACUGGCUGAAACUCACGAAACACAGCAGCAGUCUCAGGACAGAAAUAGUGAUAUUUUAGAGUGAGUGCCUUAAUACGACCACCCAUCCGUAACAAAUUUGUAGCAGGUGUCAGCAGGACAGUGUGCAGGACAUUCACCAUUCCUUUGUUUCUCCACAGUCUCAUUAUAAAGAGUUAAUUGUUACGAAAUCCAGAAGCGCUUUGCAGUGAUGUAUAUUCUAGAAAAUAAAGGUUUGGGAUUUUUUAUUUGUGAGAUUGUUUGUUUUUCAGCUGGCUUAAUUUUAUUAACAAAACCCAAGCAACUGAAAUCUAAAAUUAGAGUCUUUCAAGGUGGAUAUUGAGUUCUUUCACAUUUUCUAAUCUAUACAUCAGCACAAAACAGCUGAGGCCAAGUUUGAGGACACAAAUUCUCUGUCCUGUCUCUGGAUUUUUGAAUUAUUUUUUUCUUGCCUCUCAGACUACAAUAAUUUGGGAUAAGGGACGUCUUUGUUUAAAUUUCUCACUUUUAAUAUUUCCUCUGACCUACAGUAACCUGUUACAGGGAACCAAGGCAGCCCAGCAUUAGCCAGCUAUCAGAUAGAGGGGACUUUACUAGAGUAGCCAUUCUGUACUGCAGUAAGAUGAACAAAGCAUUAUUUCAAUGCACUUUCUCUCUUUUUUCCUUUUUUUUUCCCUUCACUUUUGCAAGAGUUACUCACACCACUUGCCGUUUGAAGAAAAAAUGGAUGUUUCUUUACUGAAUCAUCAACUUAAAAUAUACUUAGUAUUAAUCUAACUAAGAACUGUAGGAACACCCAAAUGUAAAAAGAACACUUACAAACUCAGAUCCUUGCUUUGCCUACAGCAGCUCUGUGCAGCAGAACUGCAGCAGUUUCUAUAGCCUGGUGAGGAUCGUUGCCCUCAGUUAUGCAGUCAUUGUAGACAUUGGAGAUGCACAGAAGAGCAUUUAAGGGCAUUUACACUGUGCGCUGUUUUACGUUGAAAUGUACAUGUUAUUCUCAUUGAAAACAAUAGCAUUUUUAUUAUUAAAAGUUGAUUUAUAUUAUAAAUCAUGAGGAUAUUAUCUUAUUUUUCUCUUCUACCCCUUGUUUCUUUAGUGCUUUAAGUUCUGUUUAACGGUUUCAGUUCCAUCUGAUAUUUGUAGGGAGCUAUGAGAGGUCAGAAGUUUGACCUAUAAAGGAAAAGUUGCUUUUGACAUCAGCUUGAGCAGGCAGUGUAAUGCUCAACUCUUCGUUUGUGCAGUGUGGGCUACAGAUGUGGUUUCACUGCAGAUUUCAUAUUGAAGUAGGAAAGAAAACCUGUUUUGAUGCUGUAAAAUUGCAAUGUGGGAAUUCAGAGCUGAAAAAAAAAGAAUUCAAGUGGGGAAAAAAGAAGGCAGUGCAAAAAAGGACCUGCAAGUUAGAAGAGUGAAUUAGGUCUGCAGAAUUUCUGUGGCUAAAAGCAAAGAAUGAAUCAGGUUUGCCACAACCAAGUAAGUGGGGAUUUCAGAGAUCUGAAGCAUCUGAUAUGUUGCCAUGUGAAAAAAACUCCAUUGAGAUGGAGAAAAUGGAAACUCAGUGUGAGGUGUGUAAGCAGCUGGCUAAAGGAAAGAAGGAAAGACCGAAAAGAAAGUGGGGGCUGGGUGGCAGUUGCAAUUGGAAUUUCUUGUCUAUCAGUCCUGCAACUGAAUAGGGUUAACUUUUUCAUGAAUCACUGAAACACAGCUACUACAAGCCUGGGAUUGAUGUGAAGUUGAGAAGCACUGAUCUAGAGAAGGUUCAGGAUACACACAAAAAAAUUCCUACAAGACUUGGAAGAGAAGUUUGAAUGAGAUAAGAUGUUACAGUACAAAUAGUAGCUCAUGCAGAUGAAAAUUAAAGUAUUUUGCUAUAUUUCUUGUUAAUGGACAACAAAACAAGCCCGGUUGUAGAGUUUGUCACAAGAUGACUCGGAUUCAAUCUGAUAGUCAUAAAAGCUCACCUGCACCCCACGGCAGAUUUCCUAUUGGGAACCACUAAAGCCACUGUGCAAAGGCCUGAUGGGCUCCUGCCAGACAGCUGUGCACAGUUACAGACACCAAAUGGUUAAGUGAAAGUGCAGUAGCUAGAUGAGAAAACACUGAAAUGCCAUCAGUAAAAUGGAUAAAAUUCUCCAAGACGCAACUAGAGGAACUUAGGCUAAAAAGGCAUCAAGACACAAGUGUAUCUGAUGCCUUUAUAAGAAAGUAAUCAUAAGAAAAGAUAAUUUAAAAAUACAGCCACAAGGAGCACAAGCAAUUAGAGAGAGCUAUUGGCUGAAAAUUGUUCUGAACAUUAGAAAAACUCUUCUUACAAUCAGGUGCUGACCAAAAAAAACCCACAUAUACAAAAAAAAAAAA